UACGCCAUGUUGGCGUUCAGCCAAUCAGAGCGCGAUUGGCUGAACGUCACGUUAGAGUAGUUGUCAAAUUGUUUAUUUAUAAUUCAAUAGAUAACUACGACUCUUGCUUAAUUUUACCACUAAAAACGCCGUUUUAGUUUUGUUUGCGACUUAAAUUUGUUUUGUGUAAAUCUAUUUGAUACACUCAGUCAUGGAACAAGGAUUUCUAAAGGCUUCCAGCGCAAAUUUACCGAGGAUCGACGUACUAAUGCUAGGAGAGUUUCUGCGAUCAAACAAUGACUUUUGUUCAGCAGAAUUUAGAAAUGUUAAGGCUUCCCAGUCUGCCAGGGCGUCUUAUGGUGAUGAUGCUGUAUCCUAUGUCCAACUCAAACGUGAAGGAAACGUAUGCACAAUAAAAGCAAAAAUCUGCCCAAAACAUAAAGUACAUGGAACGUUGUAUGGAGUGUCUUUGGUAGUCGACAAGCAGGAAGAAACAGUGAAGUCAGUAGAGUGUCAUGACUGUGUGGCUUCUCAAGGAGGUUGCAAACAUGCCAUGGCAUUCUUAAUGUGGCUUCAUCGCAGGAGUGAGGAACCAUCUUGUACAUCCAUAGCAUGCUACUGGAAAAAAUCCAAGCUUUCCCGGGUUUGGAGUAACCUUAAAUACAUAACUGCUAAGUAGUUGUCUAAGGGCAGCCCUAGCUUACCGUUAAAUACUGAAGUAUUUGAAAAAUUUUUAGUGGGAAGAAGGCUUAACAAGUGUGAACUUAUGAAAUACCAAAACGAUUAUGUUUUGGACAGACUAUAAAAUCUUUCAAUGGACAACUUUGUGCUAAAAUAUAAUGAAAAAUCUUGUGAUACAUUUUUAGGAAAAGUGAUAUUGUCUGAUGAUGACAUCAACAAUGUCGAACAAGAAACAAGGGAGCAACAUAAAAGCAGGAUUUGGUACGAAUUAAGGUAUGGUAGAGUGACCACUUCAAGAGCUUAUGAGUUCAGUAGAUGUAAAACCAGUGAUGGCACUCUGAUGGCAGUAAUAAUGGGUGGAUAAAUUCUCGACACGCCAGCCAUGAAACGUGGUAGAAUAUUGGAGGAUGAUCUAAUCCAAUAAAACUAUCCUAUGUUAGCGGGCUCACCUGAUGGGAUAUGUGAAGAUAGUAUUAUUGAAAUUAAGUGUCCUAUGAGUGAGAAAACAGUGAAAAAUUAUGUAUAUAAUGGAAAACCAACCGAGAAGUUUUAUGUGCAAAUGCAACUUCAAAUGUUACUGACAGGUCUUAAAAAAGGCUACUUCUGUGUAGCUGAUUGCAACUAUAGUGUUAAUAAGAAAGUAGAUCUAAUGAACAUUAUGUAUGAUGAAAAAUAUGUAUCAGAUUUUCUUAAGGUUAUAGUUCCUUUGUGGAAAGGUGUCAUCUGGUCAACUGAAUUAACUAUUGUUUGAACAGCUUCACUUCUAAAUUUAUUUGUUAUGUACACUUGAAUGGCUUUAUCUGUCGUCUUAGGUGCAUCUUGAGUAAUAUUUUCCUGCAUGGAUGAUGUUCCAGGUAAAGAGUGUGUAUAAGUUCUGACUGUUCUGUAGCAAUAUGGUUGUAUUGUUAGAUAUUUGUAAUUCCUGCUCAAAUUUUCCAAUUAGUUCUUUUCUUUGUUUUUUCACAAAGUAUUCUCUAUCCAUAGAAUCAGAAGCUCGUUUUCUCCUAUCGGGUUGACAAUAAAAUUUUAAUGGAA